GGGUCAUUAGUGGCCUUACUGAGGAACAGACGUGCGUCUUACAUGACCAUGUGACGUGGCGAACCUUUCCGACAAAGCGUCGACAGUAUGGUGCUGUUAAUGAAGCUGUGCCUCUCAAACGACGACGUUUAUACCCUGGUAGUGCUGGCACUCGCCAUGCGGUCAAGAGAUUCCCUUCUGGUCAUACUUCCUUUCCUUCUCCUCCUGUAUCUCGCUUUGCUAUACGAGCCAACCGCUUUAAUUCCUCUCGUCGUGCCGCUCUUCGUCGUCCAACCCAGUUUAGUAGAAGCCAUUUUGGCCGGAAUCCUGCGUUUGCCCUUUUGACUC